CAGUCUUUUUUUCGUGCCUGAACGACAAACAAGCCUCUAUUCACUAGAUGGCAGCAGAGCAGCUCGUUUUAUUAAUCUAUGUGGCUAAUCAAGGGAUUCUACGAAGAAUACUGAUUCCAGCAAGUCAUAGUGGUUUGUACAGGCCAGUGAAGCCAUAUUCUUCCGAAGAGCGGAACUAGCUGUGGGUGAGGCAUCGACGUGUAAAGAGGAUCUUUGCAGUUCUCCACGAAUGCUCUCCACUGAGCUCAGACCGAGCUCCUCCUCUCGGCAACAGUCUUCGGUAUUCCCUUUUUUUUCUGUCUGAAUCCGGGAAUUUGGAUCCCAGACAUGGCGUCAAGCCUGCUCACCAUUGUGGUGGUGGUCCUGUGUGCGGUUCUAGCCCCUUGUGUGUCCGCACGGGACUCGGACUGUCUGGCAUACGAUUACCAUUCUAAGCAAUACUGCCAUUUCGGCCAGUUUUGCUGCGGUACAUGCAGGAACCGGUACUGUUGCAGCAGCUAUUUAUCAGAGUUUUCAGAGGACCAACAAGAACUGUGUUUAGUCGAGAACGUUUCCUCGAUGUCCAUAACGGUCACCGUUAUCUCCCUCGUUUCCUUCAUCCUCAUAAUUAUCUGCUGCUGCGUCUGCCCCUGCUGCUGCCUGUACAAAAUGUGCCGCAAACCACAGCCGGUCCUGGCCACCACCACACACACAACGAUCGUCACUUCGACCCCUCAGCAUUACCCCCAGCAGCCGACUGCAACCCACGCCCCUUCUCAGCCCUACCAGUCGGUCCAGUAUCCACCCUACCAGCCAGUGCCGGUGCAGCCGGGAUACGGAGCUCAACCCAUGCCUGCGACACAGUACCAGGCACAGCCGUUCACACCGGGGCCUCCCCCGUCAUAUCAGGAAGCCAGUCCAGCUGGUCCAGCCUACCCGCCCAACCCGAUGCCUUACAGCCAGGCUGCGUUCUCUCCUAACCAUCCACCGUAUCCUAUGCAGCCCCCUGCACAGCACGGGGCCAGCGCUCCGCCCCCGCAAAUGGACUUCCUGACCCAGCCUGCAUACAACCCGGAUUUUAUGGCACCCAAGACUGGAUAAGAGUCAUCAAUUCAGGAGCCAUUUGAAAUACUCCACAGUGUUGAGGGGGUCAUCUAGACGGAGAGACGACGUGUGUCCAAGAGCCUUCUUUCGCGUGAUUGGGUGGAGGCUUUGUGACAGCUUUUUCGUUUUUUUUGCGCUUUUGGGAGUAUUUUUUCACGAAUGCGUUUUUGUAUUGGCGCGUCUUGCAUGGGCUAACGAUAUAACGCAAGUGAUGAGGUCACUGUUGAUUUUGUUGGGGUUUUUUUUUUUUUUCGUCACGGGUUGCUCGACCAUAGUCGUCUGGAUUAAUUAACCAUAAAAAAAAAACAAAAAACAAGUGUAUAAAGUGCAUCUCCCUCCUGCUCUUUGUCUGUUCUAAACACCAGCUGAACCCGCUUCACCUUUUUUUUGUCCUCUGUACAGCCAUUGAAGUCACGCACAGAGGGUCAAAUUGGACGAAGAAGGGAUUUUAUGUCGGAUCUGUCCGGAUCUAACCGCCUUGUUUAUUUCCGACCGAUUACGUGCUUUCAAUCUUUUGGUUUUUCACGAAUGUUCAUUAAGGGGAGAUGUGUGAGUUUUCAUGUAUGUUUAAAUAGAAAACGCUGAGACCGUAGCGUAAAUAGGGUCCCCGAAAUGUGUAUUGUUGUAAAGAAUUUGUAAUAUUUAGAAAAAAAAAAAAAGACAUUAUUUUAUAUCUGUUAAAGGGUGGUAGGAUCUCAGGAAAAGGGAGGGAAAAAAAAUAUUAUUUUAAAUUGUGUUAAAGACCUAUCCAUCUCGCAGGAGUACGUGUACAGCAUUGAAAAAAAAAAAAAAAAAAAAAGAGAACACCAAAGGAAUUUCAUUGCUCUUUCUUCAGCCUAACACUGGUAUAUGCUGAGAAAAUACUCACAACACACGAGAAGCAGCCGUGCCUUCUUUGCCUGCAAAGCAACAUUGUCGAUGUCAUUUUAAAAAAUAAUCGAAAGUAUUUUUUUUUAGUUUGAUUGUUGUCAGCUUUUUGGAGUGAACGUUACUGUUGACGAGCUGUUCAAACUGUAUUUACUGUUACAUCCCAAAGUGAGUCGCGUGUUGCAAAUUCUAGAAUUUUUGUACAUUUCAAAUUAUGCAUCCUUGUUUUUUUUCCAGAAACGUUUUUGUGACAGUUAAUGGCAUAUUGACUUUUGUUUUCUUUAGGUAAGAUGUUUAAGAGUUUUUCAGCAAAGCCAUCUUUUCUACUCUCUGCUCACUGAGAAUACUUGAAAUUAUAUGUUUUUGGUUUUUUUUUCUCCCUUCUACUCAAGUGGCCUUUUUGCAUUUAAAUAGUCAAAACCUGACACUGUCUUUUUUUUUUUUAAAGUCUGCUCUUAGUUAAGUCGGAGAGAAAGUGCUACGUCAACCUCUCGGUUUGUAUAUCAUUCACCUCUUUUGCCUCAAGCCUGUCCGUGUUCUUGUACUGCCCCUCUGAGACGUUACCCUUUUGGCCAGUGUUUUCAUUAGUCUGACUGUUAGCAUUUUAGUGUAUUCCAUCAAAGAACAAUUGUCAUUGAUGCUACAGAUAUGUAUGACUUUUAUCUAGUAUAAAUCCUGCAGAAUUGAAUAAAACGUACAUUUUCUGCUCUGCCCAAAA